GCAUUUUUUUGGCAUAUGAAUCUUUGGUGUUUGUCCUUGGCGUUAUAAACCUUCUGGUAUUGUCCUUGGGCAUAUUUGGCAUUGUGUGUGAACUCUCUGGUUCUUGUCCUUGGGAACAUUCAGCGUUGUGUGGUGAAUUCUCUAGUGCUUGUCCUUGUACACUUUCGACGUUGUGUAGUGAAUUUUCUGGGCAUGCACUUUCAGUGGUGUGUGGUGAAUUUUUCUUGAACACUUUCGAUGUUGUAUGGUGA